CUUACAAUAUGUUGCAACGCUCAAGCCGCCAGAUCAAGCAGCAAACUCCAAAGUGCCCUCACUCCUUCGAAGUGUUGAAGUCCAGCGCCGUUGGCAAGAAUGAUACGUGCGAAAUAUGCGGCAAUGUAUACUUCGUCCCCAACGCAGAUGGCAUUCGAGAGAUUCCGGUCCGUCUUACCUGCGGACAUGUCUUUGGCAAGGACUGCAUCAGCAGAUGGAUAGAAAGAGAUAAGACGUGCCCCUACCGCGACGAACUCACGGCUAUCCAGCCAGGCACAUGCACGAAGUGCAUGCUGUGGGACCGCCAUCGCGGCGAACGUACGAACACCGUCCUAGUUGUCCACGCGGAGGAAAUGUUCCGGUGCUUAAAGGAGAAACUUGAAGAACUCGAGAAGGACGACAAGAAGCUUUUCGGGCUCUCCAAGGGAGUUAAGAAGCGACUCUAUGAGUUCCUCGAUAACAAGCUAAGAGCAUACGACCGACAGUUCCAUCCUCCAGCCGCAUUCGCGAGAAUGAUGGAUCCGUUGCUGAGCAUUUCGAACAAGUCCCACGUUCGGCGAGAUCUGGGAUGGUCACUCUUCAAGCGGAUCCCCCACACUGGACCUACGAAACGAUUCUCAUGGUCGCUGGACGUCGUCGAAGACACAGCACUGGGGACCGAGGAGGAAUUGCCUUGGUUUACCCAAUGCAUCCGUGAAUGGACAACGGAGAUGUUCGAAGAGUUCUCGCAAGAAGGCCAUAACCACGUCCAGCACGGAUACGAGAUUCGAGGCAGCGAUAAUGACGCCGUCUGGGCGGUGCGGCAGAUCAUUGGACACCGGCGGAACCAAAAUGGUAUGGUGAGUUAUAGGGUCCUCUGGGAGGGACACGACCACUGGGACUGGUCGGAGGAGAGCCAGUGGGUUGGCGAAGAAGACUUUGAGGAUCAUGAGAAUCACGCGCAGUAUGAUAGGCAGAAUCGGAUCCCAGCUUACCACAAAGAGGGCCGACGUUGGCCGGGACAAGAUGUAGUUCGACGGGGAAAUAUUUCGGGAACAGCCACGGGAGAGCCCUCGGGAAGCGUUGCGGAGAAAGUCGCUGGAAGAGGUGCAGCCAAGGCCGAUGGAAAAUUUGCGGAAAAGACUGCUGAAACUGUCGUGGGAAAUGCUACUAGAAAGACUUCAUCUACCUUGUCUAGCAGGAAGCAGAAAGGGGAAAACAAGGAGGCGAACACCAAGCUGAUCGCAAAGAUUCCUACUGGGAAAGUAUCAGUCAGCUCCUCUAGCAGCAAGCGGAUGAUGGAUGGCGCGAAGAAGGAAGCCGGAGACGUUGCGACAAAGACCAUUGGAAAACGCUCACUUCACUCUUCCAGCAAGAAGCGAAAAUUGGAAGAUACGGACUCGGAUGGAGAUGAGUACAGGCCUAUUCGUCGCACGCGGCGAAAAAAGUAGCUGGCGGCAUCCAAUUCCGGAGGUGCAUUGAGAACAGCUCAGAUCUAUUGGCACCGGGCAUCUAUAAUACUAUGAUUUCGGCAUUUCCGGAGCACAAGAUAAGUUGCUUAGCACGAAAGGUGUUGAGCCCUAUAGAGCCAUAGGAGAGAAGGGCGUGGAGAUGAAUGGACCAGGCUGAUGUUAAGACUUUCAGCGAGAUUUGAUAGACUAUACCGGCUUUGACGUCGUAAAAUUUCCCAAUCAGACAGCAUGUUUAUAAUUAUUCCCUAGUAUAUAUCCUGUGAAAUACGACAUGCAGAGG